GAAUUUUGGAGCAGUGGCUCGCAAGCCGUGCAGCUCUGCAGUUCAAGUGCGUGCCGCAGCACGACAUAUUGUUAGCAGGUGAAAAAGCAAGUGACAGUUUGUGUGCGAUGAUAGCGCCGCAGUGACGAUGAGUUCGAGCCUCGGGGUGCGGCAAUGGUUCCCAGCGGGUGACCUCGCGCGCCACGCCCGCGACUUCGGCAUCGCGUUUGUGGGUGAAGACAAGGAAGAAGAUGGUGUGCUUAAGACAGAGUGCGUGUCUCCGCCACCCCUCAUCCCCCUGUCAACCGAUCAGCCAGAAGCCAGUGAUGAUAGCGAGGAGCCCGGAGCUUACGGUGGGGUGUUUAUGGUGAACAGUGAGAGUCCUGUGUUCGGUGGAAGUGCAGUGGUGAACAUGUGCAGUGAGGGGGGAUGUUGUGCGGGUGACGCGUCGCGGUGUUCCGUUGUGCUAGACCCGCUACCCUCGGACCUGCUUCGGUCCCUCACCGAGGACGGGCGCAUUAGUGCCGAAAAGGCGGCCCGCGAGCAGUGCAGCAGUGUCGAGUGUGUGGCGGCCACGCAGGAUCGGAUCGAUUGCGGCGUGGAGUCACGUGACUCUCGGCGAGGCGCACGGCACCGCAAGCGACGGCUCGAGAGCGGCGGCGGGGGGAAGGGAAAGCGACGGAAGAGGUCGACGUCAUGUUCUACGACGUCUUCGACUGGCUCUACGGCCUCCAGGUCCCACCAUCACCAUCAUAAACAUCACAAGCACCGACGCCGGCGGAGCAAAACAGCUGACGAGGGUUCGCCGCUCCCCACCCCCCGAGUCAACCCGAUCUUCGUGUGGGUCAAGCAGGAUGACACAAGGAUUGUUGAAGUGCUGUGCGAGGACUACGACAAGAGGAAUCGAAUCAGGCUCACGAAGACACCUCAUGGUUGGCGAGCGAUCCCGCGAACCGAGCGACUCGUUUCUGUGUCGCAGACUACACCGAGUAGUACUAGCAACUGCUCCGUGGAGGCGCCACUAGACGAGAGGCAGUGCGAUAACUUGCCAACAGAUGACAGCAUCGACCAUUAUGUCACAACGCUAGUCUCUUCAAAUGAUCAUCCUGCACCGGUGGCGGAAGAUGAAAACUCCAUAGACCAAAUUACCAAAGAAGAAAACGCAGUGGAAGAGGUUGAAGAUGUUGAGGGCGAAAUUGAAGCUGAGGAAAACGAAAUGGAAGAAGGAGAAAAAGAAAAAGAAGAAGAAGAAGAUGAAGUCGUAAAAGAAUGCCCGGAAAACGAAGUGAAUGGUGAAGAAACUUGUGAUAAUACCACACACGAACAGCCGGACUCUACUGAGACUGUAGUUGAGGAGAUGGUACCCACCGAUCUGAGCAUCCCAAAAACCACCAUGGACAAAGACGAUGUUCCCGUUAAAAGUACUGCUCCCGCACUAUCGGCCACAAAAGAUGCUCAGCCCACGCCAGUUGAGGCUACACCGACGCCAGCCCAUCAGCCAAAACCUCAACACCAGUCCAUGUUCCUGGAGUCACUGUUGUCUUCUCCCAGGAAGUGUCACCCGCCGCCAAAGCUGGCCAAUGACGAGCCUCAACCUCUGGAUCUCGGCGUGUCUCUUUCUCGCGGCUCAGGCAGUCCCACUGUCAGCUGUUCCGAGGAGAGGAAGUCAUCUGCGACAACCGACCCGGAAGUUAAACCCACAUCAGAAUGUAUCAAGGCUGAAGAUAUCACCCUGAAAAACCUCCUCAGCAAACAGUCGGCCAAGGUCGUUGAAAGAAGCCCAACACCAGAAGCCGUGGUCGAGACAACCAAAGCCCAGAAGUCUCGAUUGCUGGAACUGCUGACGUCAGAAACAUUCUGUCUGGAUCAGGAACUGGAUCCCGUCACUCAACUCAAGAAGGUCCUCUCUGACCCGGAACUGUCCGUCCCUGAUCCGAUGUUAGUCCCCCGGGACCGACUGCGCAGACUGGUGGCCAGUCCAGCAAGGGAGAUUCCUCGUCUGUUGUCCACGAGGCCAGAACUACGGUUACCAGAUGCACUGGCGUACCCUGCUCUCGUACGAGACCCUGACUUGCUUGUGGUGUCACUUGCCCAUCUCCAGAGGCUACUGCAGAACUGGACGGAAGAGGAUGCAUCUUCGUGCAUGAUCCUCCGCGACUAUCAGAUAUAUCAGCAGCAGCACGAGGCUGCCAUAUCGGAAUUCAAGCAACAGCAACAAAACGGAGAACUGGCUGCAGCUCUCAACCAAAUGCUCUGGCUCCCGUACCUGACCCAGCUGGAAGCAACGGCAAUGGCUUGUGGAAACAACCAAGAUUUCCUAACGAUGCUGAACGCAGUAUUUCCUCCCUCCAGCUACCCUCAGGUUCGGGCGGGAGCUGCUCAACAGCAGUAUCCAUUCCUGGCACCUUUCACAUUGCCGUCUACAGACUAUAAGACUCAGCUGGAGUUCCAGCAAGCACUGGCCACAUGGCAUGAAGCCAUGAUGCAUGCCGCAGUGUCAACAGCCUCAGUCAACAACAAUAACAACCUGCUGUCUGGAAAGAAUGCCUCAGGGACAAACACCUAUAACAAAAACCAUCACCAGCACGCUACCAACGGACGGUUUCCACACGUGGCUAAAAAAUUCAACUCGUCUUCAGCCCGAACUAGUCCAAUUUCUCCGAGCUUUCAGCCGCGUGUCCCGAAUAACACUCACGAGUACCUGGCAGCCAAUGGCUACACGAACAAUCACCACCGGCAGUACAAUCAGCACAGGCCCCGUCAUCACCAUCAGCAACACCAGCAGCCUGCUCGAAACAACUCAGGGCUACCGAAACUACCCAAAAGCGAAACUCAGACACCAACAGACGUUGACAAAAAACCUAAAGUAACCUGUAAAUCCCUUAUAAAUCUCCUGUCAAACUCGAAGAAACAACAACAGGAAGAGUCUGUAACAAUUAAGAGAUGCGUGUCUCCCGCAACACAGACCCAGCACAGUCAUCUGCUCGCAGCCCUGGGGAAUCCUCCCAGCAACUUGCCGCGACUAGUGCCAAUACCACAAGGCAUGUCACCCCCCACACCAAUAGACCUAUCGGGUCGUCGCCCAGGUGACCGGGAAGCUGUAGCAACAGGAAAACUGAAGGUUAAGAAGCACCUCGUGGACCCUGCCAUCACACCCCGUCUUCUGAAGCAGGAGGCAGAUGCCAUCAGCCCCACAGAAAAGACAUCACACCCUCACCUCUGGCAUCCCCUCUUCGGGAGCCUCAACAGAAUGCAUGUCAUGGAGGAAGAGGGUAGCAAAUCAUCUGCAACCCUGGACAACCUGCCGAAGACCAAUGGAUCCCCCACACCAUGCCAGAACCCAGUUUCAACACUGGAUGGUGAGAAAAAAGGUGAAUGUGGCGAAGAGAAUGUGGUUACAGUCACUAACAAGGAUGAGGACUGUAUGAAAACCCCCAAUUAUGAACUGCUAGAGACCACAAGAACUGUGGCAGCGGAAGAAGAGGCUAUCCACAAACUUAAAGAGAGUACAGAUGUGGAGGAUAAAUGUGUUUCUACUGAAGUCAAACAGACUCACACCGCUGAGCAGGAUGAGAAGGGAGAUGAGGCAUCGGGUGAUGAUGUUCCCGAAGGAGAAAAGGUUCCCCCAGAAAAUGUCAAUCCUAGCACCAAGAUAACUGCAGAGCAUAAUAACAAGCCACAGCAAGAUGACAUAUGCAGUCUCCCACCAUCCCCUGAAGAGGAAGAUGAAAACAGUGCUACCAGUAGCCCAGAGAGUCAAGGCGCGGUGUCAAAGAGGAGUCAGAAAAUGAGGAGAAAGCAGAUAAGUAGUGAUAGUGACAGUGACACUCCAACCAUAGUGAAGAAGCUCAGGCUGUCCAGCAGGGAAUAUGAAGAACGUGAACACGUGGUAAACGAGUAUGUGGACAGUGCUUCUAGGACAGGUCUUGAGGAAAUCCAGAAGUACACAGAGAAACUGCAGCAGGAGAUCCAUACACUGAGUGCACUCGCUCGUGCCAAGGAGCACGAGUGGAACAACAUAAUUCGUCUCAAGAAAGUGAAAGAGGAAAUGUACGUCCGUCUGCAGCGAAAGAGACAAGUUAUUCUCCUCACAAUGGGCAGUGUAAGCAAGCCCAGUGACAUACUAGAUUGGGACCUCUCAUCUGAUGCAAGGUAUGGCGAAUGUAGUGUUAGUAUUGAUGAGAUGCCUUCUAGUAGGGAUCCUGCCAGCUUGAAAGGCACUCCAACUAAAAUGAAUUCCAAAGAGCAAAAUACAGUGUCACAGUUCAGCUUGCAACCUCCAACAGGUGGUGUGUCUCUUUUAAAAAGCAACCAAAACCAGUUACCACUUAUGAUGGUGCCUAUUGUAUCUUCUGGUCCAGGAGGCCUCUCAGCAUCUCUGUCAACAUCUUCGGUUCCCUCCCAGUCCACUGGUCCAAGUACUUCUUCAAUUAAAGUUCCUGACUUGGGCAAUAGAGAUAAAUCUGGUGGACGGGUACACCGCCCAAUAUUACCAAAGCCUACUACUGCUGUUGUGGUAUCCUCAGGAAACAGUGGCACCAACAGCAGUAACAACAAUGGACAGAAUCCUGUUAUAGGUGAAGGUCGGCAGGGACCUAUCCUGGAUGUCAGGUCCAUCAUAGCCGAUUAUCGUUCUAGACAUCCAGAAACUGUUCCUCGCCGCGGCCGCAGGCUCAAGAGUUCUCUCUCCCCAACUCAAAACUCUCAGCAACUGGCAGACAAUCUAGUAUCUUCUACCAGGGUCACUGGUGGAGGAGGAAUUUUUAGCAUGGCUUCUCUUGCCCUCGGCUCUGGCUCCCAAAUGCGCACGGGCCUAGUGGGUUCUACAUCUGAAAUGGGAGACAUAAGUUUCCUCCUGAAUGCCGUGGGAGAAGUUGCUAGGCAGGAUACGUCUCGUCCGUCCAGUGCCGAUUCAUCUCGGAGUGGAGCCCCCUCUCAUACGACUCCCGAGCCAGGAGGCAACACAAACUCUGGAGGUUCGAGUGGGGGGAUCAGUUUUAAGGAUGUGUUGGUGCAGUUUGCAAAGUUAAGCCAAACGGAACAGCGGCAUGAGCCAAUGCCAGCCGCUACAACUGCUAGCAAACCCCCGCCAUACCCUGAGGUGACGCUCCAUCCUGUGUUGGCACCACACUCACCACCACAUCAGUCUCCUUCAUCAUCGCUGCUACAUGGAAUCCUCACAAAAUCUAACAAUGCAGCACAGCACAGGGGAGACACGAGCAUCAGUGCGCGGCCAACAACCUUCUCUCCAACAUUAGCAAGGUUGCUCACUGCCCCAGAAAGGUUGCCCACUGUUGCCAACACUAAUGCCACAAACUUUCAUGGCGGAGCAGCACAUGUCUCCAUAAGUGACCUGCUGUCAACAUCAAAGACAAGAAAUGAAAUCACCAUUACACCUGUGGCUGCCCAGCCAGUUAAAGCCAAAGAAGAAGUAGUGCUUGUGGAGGAAGAACAAGAGGAUAGUGCUGACCGUUUGGUGAUCGACGAGUCCGCCGGAGAUGGCGAUGGCGGGAGAAGUCGAGGAGAGAACGAGGAUGAUCAGGGCACAGAGAUGGCAGCUGAAGAUGUGCCAGAAUGUCAGGGCUGCCACCAGAGAGCUGCUCAGUUUGUGUGCGCCGGAUGCGGAAACCAGUGGUACUGCAGCCGUGACUGUCAGGUGUCGGCAUGGGAUGAGCACUCUGAGGUGUGUUCAGGUUGAUCUCAAGUGAGAGAAGAUUAACUUCAAACUUUGUGCCAAGUCAGAGGGACAUUUAUACCUUCCAACCCAAAGUUCAAAUCUCUACCACCUGUUCAGUAUAUAAAGCUGAUACAUAUCUUCCGAAUUACUUCGCGUGGUCAUUGUCUGUUUUGUCUAGCAUUUUUUUCCAUUAUUUCAUUAAAACAAAUCCUUGUAUAUUUUUAUUGCCAAAUGAUGCAUUUCUUUUAUGGCCGGGUCAGUAUAAAAAAAACUUUGUUACCAGAAUGAUUAUGGGUAUAAGUCGAUGUGAAAACGUUAUAAGAUUGCUUAAGUUAAUUAGAAACUGUGCUGUGAUAUUAAUGUUGUUGCUGAAUUCUGUGUUUGCUACAAGAGAAUGUCUUGUCAGAUGGCUCUGAAAGAGUUAUCUAUUUCUUUCUUGUACCACAAGUAUUGUAACAUUAAAAAUACGAGGAAAUGUAAUGUCAAA